UCGAAGCUGUGUAGAUCAGCGUGUUCUCAACCACUCGGCGCGUUAGUACCCAUUCGGAAGCGGACCGUGUAACAGUUACUGGCGGUGGAUAAGCGCGUACGAACUGGAAAUCGAAUUUUACUAUUAACUGGUGAUUGUUUAAUGACAACUUAAGUAAGCGAGUGAUUUGUGAGAAUAGUGUGAUGUCUCGUUCUGAGUGUGGAAAAGCCUCUCCACCGUUUUGCGUACGUGACAAACCAAGUUAAUCGUGCGACUGGGUGUGAUUGUUGAGAAGAGUCUAGAAUCUAUGUACAAUCUGUGAUCGUUUGCAUCUGACAAUUAGUAGCUUAAGGGAAGGAUAAAACUUCAAUCGCAAAAUCGAAUCCUAAAUAAGGAUCUAGCCACGGUUUGGGGAGGCUUUUUACUGUGGCAAUAUGUUUUAAAAUUUGAUACACUCUGUAGAAUACUAAGAGGGAGACUCUCUGUGUGAUGUUGUGCAAUGUGCACGUCAUGUCAUGAAAAUGUCACCGGACGAUCCCGGAUCGUUGCAAGUACGGUGCUGGGGAGGCUCCCUUUUUCGGUACUUUUUAACACAGUGCUAGCAGCGCAUCGUCGGUCAUUCGGUUGCGGUCAACCGAAUCGUGCAGGACCCAUCGUUUGUGUCGUCGUUUCGUCCACCAGCGUCCAUCAUGCUGCUGAUCGAUUGCUUCCGCCGGCCAUCGCACGAGCUGCAGGCAAGGAAGAAACAGUCCUCCAAGGAGCUGGUCCAGAUGCGCAAGCUGUACCGCGAUCCGGUGAAGAUACUGUUGCUCGGGGCUGGUGAGUCGGGCAAGACAACCAUCAUCAAACAGAUGCGCAUCCUGCACAUACAGAACAGCUACAGCUUUGACGAGCGGUUAGAGAAGCUAACGGACAUCUACGAGAACAUACACGAGUCGAUCUACGAGCUGGUGCGGCAUGUGAUACUGCUCGAGCUCGAGUUCGACUCGGUCACCAAUCAACGGUGUGCGGAGUACAUCCUGCGGAUGGGUCUGCAAGCGCCCUGGAAUCUCUCGACCGAGUAUGUACAGUGCGUACGUCGGCUGUGGUCCGACACCGGUGUGAAGCGGUGCUACAAACGCUCGAACGAAUUCCAGCUCAUCGAAAGUGCAAAAUACUUCCUUGAUCGCGUGGAAAAGAUCUCAAUGCCCGGGUACAUACCGACCAACAGUGACAUCCUGAACUGUCGCAAAACCACCACCGGCAUACAGGAGAUCCGGUUCAAUGUACGCAUGCCCGGUUCGCUCGGUGGCGGACUGCAGGAGUUCCGCAUGUUUGAUGUCGGUGGACAGCGGCAUCAUCGUAGCAAGUGGAUGCAAGCGUUCGAAGGUGUACAGGCGGUCCUGUUUCUUAUCUCGUGCGGUGGUUUCGAUCAAACGCUGCGAGAGGAUCCGAAGCAAAACCGGCUGGCGGAAGGGUUCGAGCUGUUUCGGGGCGUUUGGCACAAUCGUUUCCUGGCCGAAACGGGGGUGAUUGUGUUUAUGAACAAGCAGGAUGUGUUGGAGCAGAAGCUGUCGGCGGGUAAAUCGAUACGAACGUACUUUCCGGAUUACGAUGAUUAUGUCGCGUUCGCGGACAAGGAUCAGCUAUAUGAUGAGCUGGCGCGUACGCGAUCCUUCAUCCGAUCGAAGCUGGUGGACAUCACGAACGAACCGCCGAGAAGAACGUCUCACCUGGUAGGAAGGAAACGGACGUGCUACUUCCACUUCACCAUUGCCACCGACACACAGAACGUGCGCACCGUGUUCAACGAUGUGCACAACAUAAUUCUGACGAAAAAUCUGUCCAAAAUGGAUUUACUUUAGUGGCGUGAUCUGGCGAAGGGAGAUGAGUUGGCGUUAUGUGUUAUGAAUAUUUAUUGCGUGUUGUGUUGGAUAUAGUUAGUAGUGGCUGUUUUGUUUAAAUGAUAAAAAAUAUAUCUCUAUUUUGUGAUUGCAAGCAAGUGCUGUAAA